AUGGCUGACUGGAAGUCUAAAGCACGGGAACAUGUGAGCGAAGUUAAUGCCUUGAUUCCCAAGGAGUGGCUCAUUCCCGGCACAAUUCCUUCAGCAGAUGACCAACGCGACGUGACGGGCUAUAUCCGCCAGUUCCUAACUGCGCGAGAGAUAGACAUUACAGAGGUCGACGCCGCCAGCAUUGUAGCUAACAUAGCAUCGGGAGCAUGGAAGGCAAAAGAAGUCACUGAGGCAUUCUGCCACCGAGCGGCACUUGCUCAUCAGCUGGUCCAUUGUCUACAUGAAAUAUUCUUUGAAGCGGCCAUUGCAGAUGCAGAGAGGCUCGAUGAUUAUUUCGAGAAGAAAGGCAAAACACUUGGUCCGCUACACGGGUUGCCAGUGUCACUGAAAGACCAAUUUCACGUGAAGGGCGUUGAAAGCACCAUGGGUUACGUGGGAUGGCUAGGCACAUUCCAAGGCAAGAAAGACACAGGAAAGGACAAAGUGUUCGAGAGUGAGAUGGUCCGCGAGCUACGAGAACUCGGUGCGGUUCUGUACGUCAAGACCAGUUUGCCACAAACCCUAAUAAGUGGCGAGACCUUCAACAACUUUAUCGGCUAUACCAAUAACCCCCACAACCGUCACCUGGCUGCUGGUGGCUCUUCCGGGGGCGAGGGUGCAUUGAUCGCCUUGAGAGGCUCCCCUGUUGGAUUUGGAACCGACAUUGCCGGGUCAGUCAGAAUGCCCGCCAGCGCCAACGGCAUUUACACGAUCAAACCUUCCGCUAAUCGUCUUCCAAUUUCGGACUUGGCUACCAGCAUGGAUGGCCAGAAUACCAUUAUGGCGAGUAUUGGGCCUCUAGCAACUUCCAUCCCGGCCAUGCGUCUAGUGUUCAGAAGUUUGUUAGCGGCCAAGCCAUGGCUAUAUGAUCCACAGGUUGUGGAACUCCCGUAUCGCGAUGAGCUGGAGCUGGAGACUCGCGAGCUCGCCAAGGGCCAGCUUGUUUUCGGGAUCAUGGAGCACGACGGUGUAGUCACUCCUCAUCCGCCGGUGGCCCGCGCCAUCGAGAUUGUACGGUCUGCCAUUGAGAAGUUGGGCCACAAAGCUGUCAAGUGGAGCCCACCUGCUCACAUAAGAGCAGUAGAAAUUUUGGUCAACGCUCUUCAAUAUGACGGCGGUCUAGAUGUGCAUAACAGCUUUAGCCUGUCUGGUGAAAGAGUCUACCCCCAAAUCAAGGGCCUCUAUGGCGAAAAGCCUAAAGACACGCAAUGGACCGCCAGUGAGAUCGCUGCGAAUAAUGUUCGCAGCCGCGAGUACCAGAAGGAGUACCUAGAUUAUUGGAAUUCGACGGCUACAAUCACUGGCACUGGCCGCCCUGUUGAUGCGUGGAUUCUUCCGGCAGCGCCGUUCACUGCUGCUAGACCUGGACGUUACGACUACUAUGGGUAUACCAUGAUCGCCAAUGUUGUUGACUAUACGACUGCUGUGAUUCCAGUCACUGUUGCUGAUAAGGAUGUUGACGUAAAGAAUGCAACAUAUCAAGCUUUCAACGACAUAGACCGGAAAGUUUGGGAUUCUUACGACGCAGAAAUCUAUCAUGGGGCUCCAGUGGCCGUACAAAUAGUGGGUAGGCGAUUUGAAGAAGAAAAGAUUCUUGUCUUGGCCGAAAUUCUAGACAAAGCAAUUGGUAAGACCGAGGUAUGA